AUGUCCAAGAAGAUCCUGAUCAGAGCUGAUCUCAUCGGCGACAAGUGCAAUAGCAAGAUCCUGGCAACUGCUGCCAAGCUCAAGGGGAUCAAGUCCAUGGACAUUGACCAGGACAAGUGCACGCUGACGGUGGUCGGCACCGUCGAUCCGGUGCGGCUCCUGCAGUGUCUCAGGAAGUCGUGCUUCGCCGCAGUUAUCAUCAGCGUCGCAGACGACAAGCCAAAGGAGCCAGAGAAGAAGAAGGACCCCUGCCAGGAGGCCUGCGAGAAGGCCUGCAAGGACAAGUGCGAGAUGGCUUGCAAGGAGGCGUGCUGCAAGAAGAUGUGCGUGAUGGUUACUUGCAACGAGGCGUGCUGCAAGAAGAAGUGCGACACGGCUACUUGCAAUGAGGCGUGCUGCAAGAAGAAGUGCGACAUGGCUUGCAAUGAGGCGUGCUGCAAGAAGGUGACGCCGUCCUGCUACCCGUCCCGCUGCACGCCGGGCUGCGACUCCAGCCCCUGUGGCCUGCCCAGCUGCCGCUUCUACAUCUACGGCUGCGUCGUGCGCCAGCCGCCACUGGGACACGGCUGCAACAAGGGGAGGUCACGCGGACUCAGAGGAGAAUGCGGCAUCCAGUAG